AUCUCUCUCUGUCUGUUGCUGCCGCAAAUGGCGAACAACGGGAAAGUGAAGAAUCGGGUAUGCCUGGUGGUCAUCCACGGUUGGGGUAUCAGCGCCGAAAGCAAAGGUGAGCCGCGUGCCUUUUCUGAUUCGCGCAUUUUACCGCCUAGUGCCUGCAUGAUGACCACACGUGUGCGCAAGUUCAUUCCCCGAUUUAUGCUCGGUCGAAGGAUCAAAACUACUGCAGUCGGAUGGGGUAGUAUCAUCCUCUGCUUCCAGUCGAUGUUUGCUAUGCUUCGUCGGUGCAGAAAUCGAAUUUUGUUAGGAUUUGUUUCGGUGAUGAAUUGA